AGUCCGUCAUUUCUUCUUUGUGUAUAAAAGGGCACAUAAAGUUGAGACACAGCAUCAGUACUCACAACUCCUUUGCAUAAUAAGCAACCAACUCUACCUAAACAAACACCAAUCACCUUAACCAGAAACGAGAUGGAAUUCAAAGUUCGAAAGGAAUCUGAAACCUUGAUGGAGAAAGUUUUCCACGCCCACGAGCGCCGGGGGUGUGUUCGGGGUUACCAGAUCGCAUCAAUGCUGAGGUCCCUUCAUCCAGAGUUGCAGGUCGACCCAGAAGAACUUAAGAUGCAAAUUAACGCCAACGACCCCGAGGGUGCUGGGAACUUUGACUUUGAAAACUUCAACCGAGUGGCGAUGCAUUUUCUGCUCAAGGAACGACGACGAGACAGCGACGGCUUCAUUCACAAGCAUAACAUUGGCCUGAACGACUUUCCAUCAGUCUGAAGACGUGGAAUUAGAAUAUCCUUCCUUCUCCAGUACCUUUUGUCUCAUACUUUACAACUUUCUCAAUAAAAUUAUAGGAUUUUAACACAAAUCUCAAA